AUGUUUGACCAGCUCCCUGAUGAACUAGUCAUCCAAAUUGCAAAAUCACUUAAUCGCCAUGAUCUGAAUUCAUUAAUACGAACCAUCCAUCGGUUUGCGCGGAUCCUGAAUCCAUUGCUUGAUGCCUUUGUUAAUCACACUUUCAAAGACAGAAGGACACCACUGCAAUGGGCGGCGUUUAAAGGAUCUGCAGCUUUAACUCAAUCUUUACUCGGCCGAGGCGCAGAUAUAGCUCUGCAGGAUUGGCAUGGGGAGACUGCAUUGCACUUUGCGGCUCGAGGUGGAAAUGUGGAUUCUGUGAAAGUGCUUCUUCAAAACGGAGCAAAUAUUGCACAAACAAACUUUUAUUACUCAACGGCGUUGCAUCAUGCGUCAUUGUGUAACCACGCUGAUGUGGUGAGCCUUCUUCUAGACUCUGGCGCUGAUGUCUCAAGGCCUCUCUAUAGAACGGUAUUGCACCGUGCUGUUAGAGGGGGACAUGAAAAUCUUGCCCGGUUCCUUCUUCAGGCCGGUGCAGAUGUUUCCGCGGAAGGACCUGUGGAGGGCAUGCGCAUAGAGGCUCACGACAUACCGGAGGCUCACCAUCAUUUCUGUGACCCAAAUGCUGAGGGCGCUAUUGACAUUAUACCAGGGAGGCUGGUCGAUGGCCCAAGCCCAGUCACAUCAUUAUACUAUGCAGUCCUAGAAGGCCACGAAAGUAUUACACAGCUGUUGAUUGAGUACGGUAUCAGAAUCUCGCCAAGAGACCACAAUUUGAAGACGGCACUCCAAUUCGCAAUACGUCGGGGUUCAUCACGCCACCUUAUGGUUUCCCGGAUGCUUAUCGUGACUCGCCCUGAUGUCUUUGUUGAGAUACCAGGAAAGUGGGGACUGACGUCGAUACACUGGGCGGCAUCAAGGGGAUAUGUGGAUCUUGUUAGGCUGCUCCUUCGGCGAGACUCAAGAACGAUUAACGGCUCCGAAACAGAUGGAUCUGGACAUGUCCCGCUUAUUGAGGCAACCAAAAAUGGCCAUGGCGCCGUUGUAAAGCUAUUCCUUGAAGCAGGAGCUGAUCCAUCAACGGAAGAUGGCAAGGGGCAAUCCGCACUUUUAUGGGCUACUAAAUACGGGCGCUUAAGUGUAGUGAAGCUUCUUCUUGACGCCGGUGCUGAUCACAAAGCAGAAAGAAAUUUUUCUGAGAUACCACUUUUUGUGGCCGCUAAGGAAGGCCACAUCGAACUGGUCCGAUUUCUUCUUCAAGUCGAUUCUAAUAUCAACCUUUCUCAGAUGACCAGCAGUGGGCAAUCAAUCAUACAUCAACCAGCCAAUCGUGGCUAUGACCAUAUUGUGCAGCUGUUCUUAAAUGCAGGUGUUGAUGCUUCCAUAAAUAACGGCUACGGUUCCCCACUUCAUAAGGCUGCUACUGGACGCAAAACCGUGACCACAAUACGGCUGCUUCUGGACGCUGGUUCGGAUAUUUCUAUAAAAGACGAGAAUGGCAAUACUCCGCUAGAGGCAGCCAUAUUGGCAGGAAACGAGUCUGUAUUUACGACCCUUCUUGAGGCUAGCUCUGGCAUAUGCAUACACACAGGUUAUCGGAAGCCUCUGUUGCACACUGCAGCUGCGGCAGGCCGCGACACCAUGGUGAACUUACUCUUGAACAUAGGAGGAGAUGUUCACUUGAGGGACGAAUUCGGUACGCCUUUACACUGGGCGGCAAGACGUGGUGACGCGAAGUCGAUAAAGCUUCUUGUCGAAGCUGGAGCUGAUAGCACUGCAAAGGAUUCUGCCGGAAAGACAGCCUUGUAUUGGGCUGCACACCGUGGAGUUGCUGCUUCAGUCCUGCUGCUCUUGCAAGAAGGGGUGAAACAGCGGGGGCGCGUCGAAUGGGAAUGA